AUGGGGAUGGUAUAUGGAUCAAUGAGUGAAGGUUAUGGUUGCCGGUUGCCGAAGAUGUUAGACCUCGUGUAUUUCAAGCCUGCCUACUUCAUGCCUUUUUCUUACCGGUCUAGGUACCUACUGCAUGCCUACCUUUGUGACUACCACAUUCCUGCUUACACACCUACAGCAUGA